AUGGAGUCGGAGAAAAUCAUUGGGAAGAAAAAGUUGCCUUCUAUUCCAUCAAAUUUUGUAACGCUCCUUCAACUGCAAGAACGAUGGAAUAAAGAGAGAGAACAAAAACAGAAGGGAAAGGAAGAGGAAGAGGAAGAGGAAGCAGAGCUUCAACAGCGAGAGGAAAGGGAAACAAUUGUUGAAGAGCGAGUUGAUGACGAAGUUCCUGGAAGAGCAGGCCGUAAAAAAGGGCGUUUUCCUCGAUUAAAUCAGGAUCAUGGGAAGCGUGUUGCGGAAGGGAAACCCAGUGAUGAGAUAAUCGCCGCGGCUAAGGAUUCCUACACUGAGAAGAAAGGCGAGGAAUUGAAGAAAAAGAAGAAGAAAAAGAGCUGGCGAAACAAGAAAAGGAACGGGAUAGGAGAGAAAGCUAGGACAGCUAACGAAGGGGAGGAAGAGAAGGGACGUGCUGGUAACGCGCUGCUGCCUACGAGUGCGGAGAUUAACGAAAGGGAGGAGGAACUGCUCGGAGAUGAAGCUCACGCUUCGAAGCUGGCGAGUGCUGAGAAAGAAAAUGUUUACACGAGAAAGCAGCCACGACCUAGUAUCAUUCCAAGAACCCAUGGCCCUAAGGCGGAGAUUGGACGGAAGUUUCAGGCAAUGUCGACGGACGGCGAGGUUACAACAGGGGUCCACGCGCCGAAGCUGGUGAGUGUUGAGGAAGAGAACGUUGAGGCAAGAAUGGAAUCACAACCGAUUUUCAUUCUGAAAAACCCUGGCCGUACGGAGGAGAUUGGACGGAAAUUUCAGGCGAUGUCAAUGAACGGUGAGACCAGAACAAGGUAUGAUCGUAAAUACGGAAGGCAAAACGUUGAUUUCAACCACCGUCGGGCAAUCUGGGGCUGA